CGACGAUGAGCAGCCUCGCCGAAGCCUCCCAACGGCGCCGCCAGAAUCUCAACCCCCUCGCGACGCAGCUGGGACCGCCGCCGCCGCAGUUCCAGGCCCCGAACUCAGCUGUCAGUCUGAGCUCGCCUUUUCACCACCAGACGCCUUAUUCACCUGCCAGCGGUGUGAGGCAGUACAAUCCGCAGCAAUGGGGUGGUGCGCAGACGGGGUAUUCGCCUGAUAAUGGGCGGUAUUCACCGUCUCCUUCAGAUGUGGUUAUGGCACCUGCCCCUCCACCUUACUCGCCGCCUCGAAGCCAUAACAGCGCGACUACUUUCUCCCCGCUAGACUCGGCCACCUCGGCGUCACCGCUAAACCGCGGUAGCCCUGGAGGCGCCGCAUACAGACCAUCGCCAGAAGUGACUGCGGCUGCCUUCCCACCCCCUCCUCCGAUAUCGCGAACAAGAUCGAGGGAUAGAGCACAACCACUUCUCAGUCAUCUUGGAAAUGUCUUCCACCGCAAGCCGACAACACCAGAAGUGCCGGAGCCGUCGCAACGCGGAUCGAUAGAUAUAAGCAGAGACCUGCCGUCGUCGUCUAGGCCACGCGGGUCGGUUGAUAUAAGAGACCAGCCACCAUCCCACAGGCCCCCGCCACUUAAUUUGGAGCCGUCUACAGAGGCAUUCUCCGCCGCUGUUGCUGAGCAGAGGCCUCCAGCCUCCAGACGUGCGGUUUCAGCAAGCGCAAUCGGAACUCCUACCGGCGCAGCUUCUCGUUCGCGCAAUUCUUCGACGUCGAGAUGGAAACCAGGGAUGCCACUACCACCUCCUCCGCCAGGGCCACCCCCGCAAUCGAGUUCCAGGUCGCAAAGUCUAUCACGUCCAGAGGGCGUUGACCCGGUUGUGUCGCCGCCGACGCGCAGACCGGCGCCUAUUUCUACGUUGGGCCCUGUUCCCCCUACGCCUGCGGGUUGGGUAGACAGCCCGCGAAUGGUACCAGGCGCACCACGACCACGGUCACCACUCCCUCCCGGUGCGCUACACAUCGACACAUCGAGUGUCAGCUCGUGCGGCCACACGGAGUCGAAUUCCGGGUCCAGCUCGUCCGGAUUAACAAGAGCACAUGCGGUUCGAGGCGAGCCAAAGAGUAUUCGAGAGCGGAGGAGCGAGAGUAGAUCCGGCAAGGCUGUUGCGAUUGAAGAGCCCUCGAACAACCCCUGGGCCGAGGCCAUCACCCCCGCUGACAUCGUCGUGCCACCCAUGACCGUGCUUGGCAGGCGCCCAGAGGUUACAAAAUCGAACCCCUCGAGUGCACGCUCGUUCCAUAACCAGGACACCCCGAACUUCUCCAGGACACCCAACUACCAAAGCCAGAAUACGCCGAAUUCGUCGCGGACACUCAGCCACGUUACGCAUCGGUUGGCGGAUAUCCAACAGCCCGAGUCCCGCGGCUCAACGCCCCAGCCACUGAACUCUACGAACCGCACCGAAGCACCUACGCCGCCGUUCUCGCCGGCACAGUAUCCGUCACAAAACUCGUAUCAAGGACAUAACCCGAAUAUACCACCCAAGUCUCUCCCAACACCACCGCCGAUCUCGCAUCGUCGCGCGGACAGCUCGCCUCGGCCGAUCUCGCACAUCCUACACACGCCGUUAAAGGACCAGGGUAUGCCAGCGCCAUUGUCGCCGAAGCGCGCGCCGUCUCGUCAGUUGCCAUCACCAGCAGCUGAGAGUUUCAGCCACGAGGCACUGCAGCGGCAUGAGCAAUUCAUCCUGCGCGAGGCGUCAGCUGCCACAGACGAGGAGCGCAUCCGGCUCUUUGCCGAUUUCAUCGUUUCCGAAUCGCGUAUCCGACGGAAGUUAUACACCUCAGCCAUCGAUGCGAUGGGAUCAGAGGUGCUAGAGCUGACGCGCGACCUGUUCCGGCCGUAUACGCACUCGAAGCGGAGCUCGUUUGGGUCGCAUUCCAAUACUGCGGAGCAUAAGGGGUUGAGCGGCCUGCCACCGCUACAGACGGGACCGAUUGAUUCUGCGCCGUCGUCGGCGUCGAGUAUGGGGUCUGCGGGGCCGGGGUCGAGGCCGGAGUCAACGUGGUGGACGGGGUAUAUGCCAUCGCUGUCGCCGAUUCCAAGUAUGAGCGCGAGUCAGGCUCAGGAGGAGUCGAGUUCAAGGGGUAGGCCGUCGAGUAGAUGGUGGGAGGUGGGUCGAUCUGGCUCGGGGGGGUCGCCGACAGUGUUAGAGCGGUCGAAGAGAGAGUCAAAGUACAUGGGAAUGCCGCGGGAGUUGCGUGAGUCGCUGCAAUGGGAGGGGAACGGAAAUUCGACACCCUCACAGCCACCGCAGUCGUCUCCAAAAGCAGGUCCAAGUAACUACGCCUCCUACGGCCCAGACGAAUACCCCCCCGAAAAAACAGGCUGGCACGACGAAGGUCCCACCUCCCCCCCCAACAAAACACCCACAAACCACUUCAACCACUCCCCCGCCCCUCCCACCUCCAACCCGCGCCACCUCGACGUCUCGCGCCUCGUCACCCUCCCCCCGCCAUACCCCCGCCACCACCCCGCCGUCAACAACAACCACCCCGACCUAACCGAGAUCCGCACCUCCGUGCGCCAACUCAGCAAAUUCACCGACGUCGAAGCUACUAAAGCGUCUUUCCUAACCGACGACGAGCAGGCGCGCCAUGUGGCAUGCGCAGCAGCCACGCAGCGCAGACAAGCACUUCGCGCUACUAUCGUGCGCGAUAUCGAGGCGGGGAGUAUGACGUAUGCGGACGCCGCGAAGGCGGAGGCUGAUGCUGCGGCUACGGAGAACGAGCACACGAAAGCUACAUCCAAAGCCUCAUUUGAGCGCUUCCAAACCGCCGUCGUGGCGCCGGUGAAUGACCUCCUCAUGGAGCGCGUCCACACCUGUACAACCCUCUUCGAACAGCUCCGAAGCCAGCUCUUUGACGACGCGCGCGCGCAGGAUCCGACUGCCACGCAGGAGGAGGGCGAUGAGCAGCCUGAGCUACUGGAGAAAUUGACGCUGUUGAAGUGGAUCUUUGAGGCGCGCGAGCAGCUGCAUGCUGAGUUGUAUGAUUUGCUAUCUGAUCGCAAUGAUCGGUACAGGGAUAUGGUGAUUGAACCCUACCGGCUCGCGGGACGGGGCGACAAGGUCGUAGGCGCUGAGCGUUUCUUCGCGGACGACGCGGGGAAGCGACGCGUGGAGUUCGCGCAGGGGGCGUUGGGAAGGACGAUGGAGUUUAUGGAUGUUGUGGAGGCAAAUGUGGUGAGGGGGGUGGAGGUGCAACUUAGUGCGUUCUGGGACAUUGCGCCGGGGCUAAGGAGUAUCCUUGAUAAGAUCCCUGGGAUUGUGACGAGGGAAUUCAGAAUACAGAUCCCGGCGGGGGAGUAUGAUGAGAACCCCGCCUACCACGAGUGGCCGAUGCAGUACCUCUACAGCCUCCUCGAGCACGGCGGGAGGAGCACAUACCAGUUCAUCGAGAGCCAGACGAACCUACUCUGCUUGUUACAUGAGGUUAAGACGGCUGUUACGGCGGCGCGGGCGCGGGCGCAGGAGAGCGAGCGCGUUGCGGGCGGGGAGGGGGCGGAGGUGGUGCGCGGGGAGGUGGCGGAGGAGAGUGAGGCGGAGGGGAGGACGUUGACGGAUGAUUUGAAGGAGAAGGUUAGGUGUGUGGAGGAGCAGUGGGAGAGUGCGUUGGGGGGGGAGCUGGGGCAGGUGAAGGGGAGGGUGAGGGUGUUUUUGGAGAUGGAAGGGGGGUGGGAGGGGAUGGAGGAGGCGGCGUAG